AUGUCCACCCGCUCUCAACGCAUCGAGCAGAUCUUCCAACGCGUCGAGGAGGAGAGUGAGCGGCGGGCGCAACAGGCUACUCGAGGGAGCACUGUCUUUACCGCGUCCACCGUCUCCGGCCGCCGCAGGGGCGGCAGUAUCUCGGUCUCUCGCUUUGGUCAACCUGUAGAGCCCUCAGACGUCUCCACGGGCCCUCCUUCAACACCUCCGCCGACCAUGUCUUCUUACGUCGUCCGCGGUCCCACCUUCUAUCAGGUACAACCUCAUCUGCAUAUGGGAAGCGCAGAUUCUCUGGCAUCCACUGAGAUUGGCGAUGAUGAUCACGACACGGACGAGGCACUCACUACCCAUGUCGCGACCAUCGCGGGACGGCAGUCCAUCUCCAGGGCCGUGGGCGGUAUGCUCAGCCGGAAACUCUCACGCAGCCGCAGACAUUCCAAGGACGUGAUACCCCUGUCCUCCAGCAACGUGGUCAUCGGCGUCUCCGUCGAGGAGGCCACGGUCGAAGCCGAGGCCCACGAAAGCGCCCAUCAUGAACCUGCUACUUCGGUAGCUUAUUCUUCCGCCUCUUCCGCUCUCCGUCACCAGCGUUCUAUGGCCGUUGAGAAGAGCUCUGCGAACAACUGGGUUGACAAGGCGAAGGGUGUAACCCAGAAACUGAGGCGAAAAAGCGUGGCCGCGCUCUCUCUCAGUCCCGACAGAUAA